GUUGCUACUUCCGUUUGUGUCAACACUGUCCAAUCAGAAACCACUCGAGCUCUUUGUCACAGCCAAUCGCUUUACACUCUGCUCUUCUCGAAAACAUGUCGCCCAUGAAGCUGUGUGUUCCAGGUGACAAGCUAUGCAGUGUAGAAGACUGUAUUCCUGGGACGGGAGUAUAUCUACGGCAUGGCUACAUAUACUCCUCACUAGCAGGCUACGUGCUCAGGAAAAAUGAGGGAGAGGAGUUACCAGUGAUCUCAGUCGUGAGGGAAACAGAAACACAACUGCUGCCAGAUGUAGGGGCAAUAGUCACCUGUAAGGUAACUAGCAUCAACCCCCGGUUUGCCAAGGUCCACAUCCUUUAUGUAGGCUCCACACCACUGAAAGACCGCUUCAGAGGGACCAUCAGGAAAGAGGAUGUGCGAGCAACAGAGAAAGACAAGGUGGAGACUUACAAAAGUUUUAGACCUGGUGACAUAGUUCUGGCAAAAGUCAUUUCUCUUGGUGAUGUGCAGUCUAACUACCUGUUGACAACCGCUGAGAAUGAGCUGGGAGUGGUGGUGGCCCACAGUGAAGCAGGUGCACAGAUGGUUCCCAUCAGCUGGUGUGAGAUGCAGUGCCCGGAAACUCAUGCCAAAGAGUUCCGCAAGGUGGCACGAGUGCAGCCAGAGUAUCUGCAGGCAUGAGAGUCCUGAAACUUCUCUCCUUCGCAAGGAACACACAGCUUCCCCCUCCCUCCUCCUUCACGUCAUCGGGUGCUCUUCCAACACAGAUGAUGUCCUGAGAGAUUGGACGAUGUGUAUAUCGUUGGCUACUUCUGGUUUCAUGUCUUUGAUGAGUGUGCUAUUUUUAAGCUUUCCUCUGCACAUUGUGUCAACAUUUUAUUGUGCCAGCUUAAAACACUGAAGCAGAAUCAGACCAAAGGAAAAGAUUGUCAGAGCACGUAACGUAAACAGUGCAGGGGCUGUUAGGAUCAUUUUCUAAAUCCAAAAGUCGAAGCCAGCAAUGCGGGUUAGUAAAGUUGUCUUUAAACUGUGGUUGCUACAUACACACAUGUUGUGUAUGUGUACAUUAUAACUGGGGACAAUGAGUCUCAAGAGAAGCAAAAACUGAGUUCUGCAGAUGAACCACUGUUAAGUGUUUUGCCAAGUGAAGACAGGUUUUUUUUUUUUUUCAGAUCACUCCAUAAUGCUACUCAGUCUGGCAAUUUACAGAUCAGAUACAUAGAAGUGACAACUGGUCAGUAUUGUUGGCUGCAAGGCUUGGAAGACAAGGAAAAUGUGUAGUGCAAAGACAAACUCAAACUGUUUUGUAACUAAGGAUGUGAAAGGGCAGCAGCUUUAUUGAUGCUGAAGUGCUGCCCUUCAAGUCUUAACUGCAUGAGGUGAUGUAACGUGCCAAACUGAUGUUUCUAUACCUUGUCCAUGAUGUGAUGAAAGUAUUUUUAAAUAUACUGUGAACAAAUGUCCACAGUUGUUUUUACAGAAAAUUAAGGUAACUAGGUGAACCCAGUGUUUAAUCUAGAUGACAACACAGCUACCCCGCUUGGAUUAUUGAAGUUGAAUAUGAUAGUCAAGUAUUUCUUUUAUUUCCAGCACAUUAAGCCCAACAGGAAUUAAAACUGUCCAUUUUGUUUUGAAGUUAAGUAAACCUUUUUCUUCUUUGCUCAUUUACAGCAGAUGCCAUGUGAAAGAAUGGAAUAAAAUGACUAUCAAAACCCAA